UCACAAACCUCGGCGGAUGACGCACAAACAAGGAACGUGCCUUUUUGUAUCUAAAACAAUUGUAUGGAAUUUCAUCAGGGGGUUUUCCAAAUAGAUAAGCCCCGUUCUAUCGCAGAUGUGAAAAGAUUGUCUCCAUCUUAUGUCUGCUAUUAGUCUGCAGUACUUGUUUAAAAACUACACCUUCUAGAUUAUCAUUGUCUCAUAAGGGCACGACAAGAUGGCAACCUGCACAAGCAUCCCUCUGGCUAUUCCAAAAGAUGGCUCACUGACAAAGGCUAUGAUCAAAGAUAUUGUCGGCACGUUUCUCACCAGCGAGUGGCCAAAUGUGGAUCCAGAAACGCUCGUUGUGACAAAAAAAACUGGAUACGCAAACACAAAUUGUGUAGUAGAACGACCAAAUCCAAAGGGUGACACACAUUCAGAACCUCUUAAGGUAUUCCUCAAGAUCCACGGCGCACUUGAUGGAGAAAUUGAGGUGUUAAAACACUUGGUUCCAAAUAAGCACGAAGAGGCACAACUAUGCUAUGACUACGGCCAAUCAGGUCUUGGCCCCAAGGUGUAUGGCUUUUUUCAGACACAGGAUGGCACUUUCGGAAGGGUCGACGAGUUCUUGGACGCACGCAGUUUGGAGCCAGAAGAUGUGGAAGACGCAAAUAUCCGAGCCGAGGUUGCCAGAGGACAUGCCGUAUUUCACUCCAUGGAGACACAACUGAAGAAAAACCCGAUUCAGUCAUAUUACGAUGCAGUCACCAGAGAGCUUGCAAGGUAUCAUAAGAUGAACAAGCUGAAGAGGCUGGCGAAUGAAGGAGGAGUCAGCAUGGACCAUCUCGUUGAUUAUGACUUUGUGUCCAGAUUAAGACGGGUCACAGACAGGCUGGAAUCCAUCGAAGGAAAAAAAGGAUGGUGCAUCCACGAUGUUCAAUUCAUGAAUGUGCUGGUGAAGAACAGCCCCAAUCAAGGAGAAAGCAAAAUUGUCCUCAUUGAUUUUGAGUUCGUCUUUCAGAAUUACCGAGCGUUCGACAUUGGUGGGCACUUUUUGCAAAAGAUGUUCAAGUGGUUUGACGAGGAGAACAAGAUUGCUAACUGCCGACCUUACACAGAAGAGGAGAAGAGGCACUUUUGCGAGGAAUAUUCAAAGCAAUGGAACGAGAAGACUGGCGACUCGGAUACAGGGGAACAAGUUUUUAUGGAAUCUGAGCUGGGUUUCAUGCUGGCUAUUACAUUCGAAAUUCGUAACAUGCUCUGUUUUAUGGAUCAGGAUGGUGAUAAGGACCCGUUGAACCUGCUGGGGCUUAACAAGUUGUUUGAAGAGUUUGUCAAACAGUAUAAAAAGCUUGGACUAGGAAGCUAAGAGCACUUCAGUUAAUAUAGUAUUCUAACAACGCAUUUCAGGGUUAGCUUUAGAUGGACAUACCAACCAAUCUAUCUCGCAAACUCCACGACCUUAUCUACGACCCUCCCUAGAGCAUCCGUAGCUCCACUCUCCUUCUUCGGCUCUAUUGCUCUCUCCCUAUAGCCGUCGUUCAUAAAGACUCGACAACAACCCUUCCCUUACCAUCUCUGGCGUCGGUGCCUGAGCUCGCAGGCUCACGGGUAGACCGGCCCAUUGUUCUCAGAGAAUAGUACCUUAGAUAGUACAUUAUGCCCGAUAGGAAAUGUG